UUCUUGAAAUUGGUUAUAAUGUGGCUACGUGUUGCUGUAGGUGUCACAUGCGGAGCUUUGGUGUGUCUGAAGGCCAUACCACAUAUUUUCCCACAGCUCUAUUAUAAAAGAAUAAAGGAACUCAAAAUCGAUGGAAGGGAAAUGGAGAUUCCCCCACGUUGCAGAGAACAACUCGCAGGAAUUUCUCAAAAACUUGGGAUGAGUGAUAAACAAGAUAAGAUAUCCUUCUUCGUGUGCAGGUCUCUUUAUCCCAGUUCUUCUGGGGCUACAUGGCUUCCCAAUGGCGCAGUUAUUGGAGUUCCUUUAUCAUUCUAUUUUAAGCACGAGGAUGAUCUUGGGAGGUUUGGUGAAAUCUGUUUCCAGGACGGCAAGGUUCCUAUGCUGUUGCAGAGCAGGUUUGGCCAAAAAUUUAUCCAUACACAGCUUUCGUCGGACGAUAACAUAGCAUUCUGUAUUGGUCGUGAACUGGUUCAUCUAAGUAGUUCUUUUGAUAUCGCGUCUGACGUUUUCUUUGCCCCAUCAUGGCUGAUUGCAACGUACGCAAUAUCAAGAAGGACACGAAUCGUUAUACCCAGAGCUUCAGCUCUUGUGGACGGCAUUGUCAAAGUCACGUUAUAUUUGCUUAGCUUUGCUUGUUUUUGGCCAGUAGAGCGUCGCCUUAACCAUUACAGAGAAUUCAAGGCAGAUGAAAUGUCUGCUAGGUGUGAUCUUGAUGUGGCUAAAGGUGGGGUUGAUUGGGUGUUGAAGAAAAAGAGAUUUCUGUCGCUUAUGAAAUCUAUACAGGGGGGACAUGAAUCAAAAGAAAUGCUUUUUAACACUGUAGACUCUACUCAUCCAAAGUUACUAGAUCGAUUGAGGAGACUGGAAGUAAUUGUAGAUGAAAAGAUCAAAGGUGCAAGGUAACCAUCUGACCCUGAGCUCUGGUUGUUAAUUCUCCCCUUUUGCUCAAUACCUGUAUUCUCAUUACCUGUUUGCUGGAUAAUGUAUGGGUAUUGUAGGAGGAUGUUAGAUGUUAAUCAUUUCCAGGAAAUAAAGGGUUAAAAAUAUG